AUGUCAUUUAUCAAGAGGGUGGUCAACAAGCUCCAAAAUGACGAUACAUGCGAAAUAGGCUCAGAAUUUGAAACAGCCAAUCUAUCCGAUGAGGACUGUGGAGGGUGCCCAAGUAAAUAUCCAUCGUCGCUCAAAAUAGAUGAGGAUUCGAAACUGUUAAACUCUGCUCCGAAGCCUGCCCUCCAAAUUUUGGUCGCAACAGGCGAAAAAGAUUGGUUACGUGAUAUUAGUGAUGAAAAGACAAGUUGGGGGCGCGUGUGUAAUGCUCUUUCGAAGAGCUCAGACGCACUCCAGACUGCAGCAGGUGGUCCGGUCCGGGUAAAUGGUACUGACCUCGAAUUUGAUAGUGACGAUGGCCAUGUGGUGUCGAUAAUUCUUUUGCCUCAGUUUGUAAGAAUCGAGACAACAGCGAAGACAGUUGUUGAUGAGGUUCUACAAGUGCUGACGGCUGGAAAACGCAAAGAUUUACCCAACAACGCUCUUGUUUUGAAGGACAAGGGGUAUGUUAUGAUUUGUUCUCAUGGCAAGAGAGACAAAAGAUGUUCAGUUACAGCACCUAUUUUGCGGAAAGAGCUAGAGAUCGAGCUUCGUCAUGAGGGACUCUAUCGUGAUCCAUACGACGACGAGCCAGCUGGAAUUCGUGUCGUAUAUUGUAACCAUGUCGGCGGGCAUAAGUUUGCCGCAAACUGUUUCGUAUAUCUCGAAGAUGGAACAGUUGUUCUUAUGGCACGAGUGAAACCUGAACACGCAAAAAGCAUUGUACAAAAAACAAUUUUAAGAGGGGUUGUAUUCCCAGAAAUCACACGUAAUUGUGCUAAACUUAAGUCCUGUGAAUGGUGA